AUGCAUUUCACAACAGCCGCGCCCUCGGCGCUGCUGGCGACCCUGCUCGCCGCGCCGCAGCUCGCAUCCGCGUUCUACCUGCCCGGCGUCGCCCCGACGUCAUACAAGGAGGGCGACAAGGUGCCUCUCCACGUCAACAGCAUCAAGCCCAUCGCCGGCCCGCAGGACGCGCGCCUGCACUCGGUCGUCUCCUUCGAGUACUACCACCCCGGCUUCGGCUUCUGCAGGCCCGACAAGGGCCCUGAGUACGUGUCGGAGAGCCUCGGCAGCAUCCUCUUUGGCGACCGCAUCAUGACGUCCCCCUUUGAGCUGUCGAUGAAGAAGGAGGAGACGUGCAAGGCGCUGUGCGAGGUCGAUUACCCGGAGAACUCGGUCGAAUUUCUGCGAGAGCGCAUCGAUGAGGGCUACAGCCUGAACUGGCUUGUCGACGGCCUGCCGGCCGGCCAGAAGAUUGAGGACCGCCUCACGGGCACCUCCUUUUACAGCCCCGGCUUCUUUCUUGGCGGUAUGGACGAGGCCGACAACAUUGUCCUCAACAACCACUACGACAUCUUUGUCGAGUAUCACGAGGUCGGCGGCAACGCGAACCAGCUGCGUGUGGUCGGUGUGCGCGUCGAGCCCAGCUCUAAAAAGUACACAGGCGAGGUCGACUGCAAGGACGGCCACCCCUACCUGAUCCUUCCCGAAACGGGCACGCAAAAGGUCAAGUACAGCUACAGCGUCUUCUGGGAAAAGUCCCCGACCGCAUGGGCGACGCGAUGGGACAAGUACUUGCAUGUCUUUGACCCCAAGAUCCACUGGUUCUGGCUCAUCGACACGGCCAUCAUUGUCGUCAUCCUGGUGAUGACGGUCAUGUCCGUCCUUGUACGCACGCUCAAGAAGGACAUUGCGCGCUACAACCGUCUGGACCAGAUCAACCUGGAGGAUCUGAGUGGCACUUCUGUGCUGGAGGAAGGCGUGCAGGAAGACUCGGGUUGGAAACUCGUUCACGGUGACGUCUUCCGCAACCCGUCGCACCCUCUUUUGCUUUCGGUCCUGCUAGGAAACGGUGUCCAGAUCUUCGUCAUGACUGCCAGUACCAUUGUCUUUGCGCUGUUGGGCUUCCUCUCGCCUUCCAACCGCGGCUCUCUCGGCACCAUUAUGAUUCUGCUCUACACCAUUCUCGGCUCCGUGGGUGGCUACGUAUCCGCGCGUGUGUACAAGGCCAUGGGAGGCGACCAGUGGAAGAUGAACAUUGGCUUGACGCCGCUCCUCGUGCCUGCCAUUGUCUUUGGUACCUUUUUCCUCCUAGACCUGUUCCUGUGGGCCAAGCAGUCGUCCGGCGCCGUGCCCUUUACGACGAUGCUGGUGCUGUUGGCAAUCUGGUUCAUUAUUUCCAUUCCCUUGUCUGUCGUUGGCUCUUGGCUCGGCUUUCGUAGCGCCAAGAUCGAGGCACCCGUCCGCACGAACCAGAUCCCGCGUCAGAUCCCACCCUCGACGACGUACCUCAAGCCCAUUCCCAGCAUGCUCAUUGUCGGUCUGCUGCCGUUUGGCGCCAUCUUUGUCGAGCUGUACUUUAUCAUGAACUCGAUCUGGUUCAGCCGGGUCUACUACAUGUUUGGCUUCCUGUUCCUCUGCUACUCAUUGAUGGUGGUUGUCUGCGCCACGGUAACGAUCCUAUUGACCUACUUCCUCCUCUGCUCUGAAAACUACCACUGGCAGUGGCGCUCGUUCCUGGCUGCGGGCAUGAGCGGCGGCUACAUCUUCCUUAACUGCCUGCUGUACCUCAUAACCAAGGUGAAGCUCGGCGGGUUUGCUGGCACUGUCUUGUAUGUUGGCUACAGCGCCCUCAUUUCGUUUCUUUUCUUCAUCCUCGCUGGUUCUAUUGGAUACUUCGCUAGCUGGUGGUUCGUCAUGAGAAUCUACAAGUCCAUCAAGAUUGACUAA